CAACAACCGAGCCAACGCGCUCCAGCGCGAUCCGUCCUACCGACCGCGGUGCCUGGCAACAGCAAAAGACGUGAUGACGUCCCCUCCAGAUCGCGUAUUAUGGGAUGUGCGAAAUUAAACAACCCGAGGAGGACACGAGGGAAGCGAAACAAAUAAUAAAAAGAGACCGAAAUAAACGAGGCGCAUGGUGAAUCAUGGAGCUCUCAGCUGUUGGUGAGAGCGUCUUCGCAGCCGAGUCCAUCAUUAAACGGCGAAUCCGACGGGGUCGUUGGGAAUAUCUCGUGAAAUGGAAGGGCUGGUCUCAGAAGCACAGCACAUGGGAGCCGGAGGACAACAUCCUGGAUGAACGACUCUUCGCUGCCUUCGAGGAGAGAGAGCGCGAACGGGAGCUGUUCGGCCCGAAGAAGCGUGGACCCAAACCCGAGACGUUUCUCCUGAAGGCCAGAGCCAAAGAAAAGACGUAUGAAUUUAGAAGAGAGGCUCCCAGAGGGAUCCAGGUUUCCUAUCCCACCCCGGAGCCUGUCAUAACACCAAGGGCCCGGGAGGGUUUACGUGCCGUGGUUCCCACAAUCUUCCCACCGAGCGCGGUCAACAGAGGAGAGAGUGUGCACGUCCGAGCACCAGAGCCCGAGAGGAGGCCCAGGCCGACCCCACCGGCUGCUCUGACACUCCAGGAGCCGGACCGACACCCCAAAAAGAGAGGGCGCAAACCGAAGCUACAUUUAAAUUAUGAUAAAGAAGAUGGUAGCAGCUCGGCAGAGCAGGAUUCCAAACGGAGCAGGUUUGUGGAGGACCCUGUGUCGCCCGGCGUGUCCAAAGUGGCCAGACGGCUGCACCACCACCACGGAGAGACGUCGGAGCACAGCCUCCUCCAGCUGACCAAGAGGUUCCAGGAGAAGACCACGAUCACGCCCAAAUCCAGCGGCGCGAAGAGACACGCUGGGGACGCAGGCCUGUCCUACACCUGCGCGUUCGAUCCAAACGAGAGGGGACACAGGACUCACUGUCUGAGCAGCAUGUCUGUCCCUCUGACGCUGAGGCACCAGGUGAAGGAGUACAUGCCCACUCAGCCCGAGUCCACCCGUGACCCUGCCUCGAUGUGGACCCCCAGAUUCACCAGCCUGGACACUGUGACCGUGACGGACGUCACACUGAACCUGAUGACGGUCACCGUCAGAGAGAGCAGCACGGACAAAGGUUUCUUCAGAGCGAAAAGAUGAGUGUGUGCAGGAAUCUCAAAUGUUUAAAUAAUUGUUUAACAUGCUAACUCACUAACAAGCCUAUCCUGUAUCAGCAUAUUUUUCUAUGUAACUUCGUAUAGUGUUAAUGGAGAUGUUUAAAACUCUGAUGGAAAUGUGUUAAAUAGAGAAAGUGACGUUGCAACGUUAAGGUGUAUUUGAAGGUGUCAAAUAUCAAUUAGGUCAUCUUGUUUCAGAUCGUUCUAUAAACACACAUUUUUUUACUGUACAACCAUAAUAAUCUUAUUUAGCUAUAGUUUAUAACAGUGUUCUCUAAAUAGGAAAGGUUAUAAGGUGACUUGCAUUUAUAAGGCUUUUUCCCAGUCAAGUCGGAAGCCAUGCAGCGUCUCAGUUUAGGUUCAGGAUAAGAUGUUUUUCAUUCAUCUUGUCAAAGUAUUAUACAUGUUUGUAGGCAUGAGACUCGUGUCAAAUAAUAAUCGAAAUUACGAAAGGCACGUAUAGAGUUAGUGAUGUUUUAUCACAGGCAAAAUGAAAAUCCAUCUGAUUAUAUCUACAUCGUUUUUCUAAGCGUUUCAGAAAGUAUUAUCUCUAAUUUAAAAAUCAUCAUCAAGGCUGCGGGAUAUAUAUUUUUGUAAAGGCUUUGCUGUUGUGCUCGGUUGCUGCCACGUUCAAAUAAAACCUGUCCGAUAAUUCCUGCUCAACAAGUUUCGGGUUUGAAUUAAUUAUUCCAAAAUUAUUCAAACAACGGAGAAGACUUUGAAUGUGAGAGGUAUACGAUAUUAAAUGUGCUCCUUUGGACUAAUUAAAAAAUAUAUAUGUUUUCCUGUUGAAGUUGUGGUAGGAGCCUUGUUCAGGAGAAAAUAAUGAACCACACCUUA